UGGUGCUUAUUACUACAUUGUCCAAUGAGAACAAAGAGAACGGACAACCAAUCAGACGCAUGUACUGGAAGUAGAUCUGUCAAGGAUAUAGUAAAAGAAGCGCAGAGUGUGCGGCCCCGCCGCCGGCUGUACGGCCCAGUGCUCACUGUACAUGGCGACUCUGCAGCGGGACUCCCGGCUCACCUCCUGGCAGAGCACACUAUGUGGGGGGCUGGCGGGGGUGCUGAGCCGCACUGCUACCGCUCCGCUGGAUGUGGUGAAGAUCCUCACACAAGUGGGCACCUUCCACUCCAAAGAGGGCUUCCUGCGCGCCUUCCCGCUGCUGUACGGGGCCGAGGGGCUGAGGGCUUUCUGGAAGGGGAACCUGACCGCCUGUGUGCGCCUCUUCCCGUACAGCGCCGUGCAGCUGUCCGCCUACCACAAGUUAACGGUAAUGUUCAUGGAUGACUUGGGGCAGAUCUCACAAUGGCAGGCCAUUGUUGCUGGCAGCGUGGCUGGAAUGUUGGCGGCCGUUGUUAUCUACCCGACUGAUGUUGUCAAGACUCGUCUCAUUGUCCAGAACAGCAUGGAGCCCACAUAUAGAGGCAUAAUACAUGCUCUGUGCUGUGUGUAUUAUCAGGAGGGAUUCCGCUCUUUAUAUCGAGGAGUUUCCCUUUCAAUCCUUGGAGCCGUUCCAUUCUCAGCUGGUCUGUUCUUCAUGAAUAUGAGUUUGGAUAAGAUUUGGCAGGAGCCUGGUGACCGCUUAUCUCCAGUCCAGAAUUUUAUAAAUGGAUGCCUUGCUGCAGGAGUGGCGCAGACAAUGUCAUUUCCCUUUGAAACUGUCAAGAGAAAGAUGCAGGCACAAAGCCAGAUUCUUCCACAUUGUGGGGGGGUUGAUAUCCAUUUCAAUGGCGUGCUUGAUUGCUUUAGACAAUUGGUGAAAACAAAAGGUGUGCUUAGUCUUUGGAAUGGACUAACUGCAAACUUGCUUAAGGUUGUUCCUUAUUGUGGUUUGAUGUUCACAACAUUUGAGUACAGCAAGCGGUUCUUCCUUUAUCGAAACGGUUACAUUGUUUCCCCGUUGAGCAACCAGCUGACACCAGGGGUGGACCAGAGCCUCGGACCCCGAGAACUGGAGGAGCUGCGCAAGUUUUUAAGACAUAAGAAUUUUGCUAACAGGAAUCCAUCUCUAAAGAGCUGAAUAUGGGGAAGAGGAAAAUCGAAUAUACAAUAUUGUGUUUAGAUCAAUGAAUUGGUAUAAAAUUCUUACAAAUUUUAUUUUUUUUACUAAAUGGCUAUAAGACUGCAUUGUUCAUAAGAAAAUUGUCUAGUCAAAGAUCAUAGUUAAAUGGGUAACUCUUGUGAUGUAAAAUUCGCUAUUGUUGUCCUGUUCAUAGGUGGUUAUGUUGACUGCCAGUUUGUCGCUGGUAUCACACGUCCAUUUUAUACAGCUGUUUUCAAAGGAUACAGGAUAUACUGUACAAGACAAAAUAGAAGCACAGCACUUUUAUUAAAAUUACGUACGAACUGAACCCCUUUAUGCAGAGUUCAUUCUGAGCAUAGCACAUCAAAAACACAUGCCUCUGGUUUUCUAAACGUGUUUUGGUGUAUUAUAUUUGUUUUCUUUUUAAGUCCAAUCCAAAAACCUUUUGAACGACUGGAACAAAAGUUUAUACACUUAACUUGCUGCCUUCUUGAAAGUUAAGAUGCUGAGCUCCAAAAAGGUUUUAGGUGUAGAAAUACAGUGAUCCCUCAACAUACGAUGGUAAUUUGUUCCAAAUAAACCAUAGUCACUUGAACCUAGAGAUGAGCGAAGUUACAGUGAUUUGAUUCGUCACAAACUUCUCGGCUCGGCAGUUGCUGACUUUAGCCUUCAUAAAUGAGUUCAGCUUUCAGGUUCUUUGGUGGGCUGGAAAAGGUGGAUACAGUCCUAGGAGACUCUCGGGUGCAAUAGUAAUAUAGAAUGUUAUACUUACAUAUCCCCGCUGCUCUGGACCAUCACUGCUGCCCUGGAUCAUCGCUGUCAUCACAUCCCCGGGGUGUUCAUGCCGCUCUGGACCAUCACUGCUGCUCUGAGAGGCCACCGUAUGUUGAAAUUAUCGUAUGUCGGGGCCAUCUUAGGUCGAGGGAUCACUGUAUUAAUACAGUGUAUUAAUAUGUUCCUAUAGACCAGUGCUUCUCAAAUAGUGGGGCGCGAGGCUCCAUAAAGGGGGGGCCCGACUCACUCGCAAGCAGCGUCCCACACAGGGGUGACGUGACCUCACGUCUAAGCGCAGCAGCCCACCAUGUCGGAGUUCACUGUGCCACCGAGCAGUGCGUCCGCCGCCCUGCUCUCUCUCGUACAGGCCCUGCUUGUCCUCAGGUACAGAUCCCCCGCUUGUUAGUGUACAGAGCCCCGCUUGUCGUCAGUGUACAGAGCCCCGCUUGUCGUCAGUGUACAGAGCCCCGCUUGUCGUCAGUGUACAGAGCCCCGCUUGUCGUCAGUGUACAGAGCCCCGCUUGUCGUCAGUGUACAGAGCCCCGCUUGUCGUCAGUGUACAGAGCCCCGCUUGUCGUCAGUGUACAGAGCCCCACUUGUCGUCAGU